AUGAACCGAAUCCGGUUCGCGUACGGCACUACAGAUCAAACUCAAGAACGUUGGUCGACUCUAGCACAACUUACUUGUCCUCUGAGCUCAUGUUGCCCUUUGGAUUCGUCGUCCACACAGAAUCGGCCUUUGCGUCCCUCCAUCGACCUCAACUAUAUACUGCCUCAAACCACCAUUGCCAGCUGCUCACACCGGAGCCUACGAUCAGGUCCGAGCCACCAUGUAGUCCCGUUGGCACAUGAAUGUCGUUUGCGACGGCCAAGUGUCUUGCUGACGAGGAGACCGCAUGAGCGAACAGAGAGCAACUUCAUGACCCGAUUUCCGUCUUUUGCUCGAGCGGCGAAGCCGAUUUGCGAGUACCGCAACCUUUCCAUCACCACCUUCCCAUCUUUCGGCCGGCCAGACGUUGUUCCUGACACCAGCAAUGCACGCACUGUAUGGAGUUAUCUAACGAACCCACAUUCAAGAUGCCUAGUGUAUCUCCCCACCCACAUUGACAGUUAUGAUCCCGUCUAUCCCAAAUUGGACCAGCAUUUCAACUGUCGAAACCGUUGUAGAUCAAUCGCGAUUACUCUUUUCAGCAUCCGUUCGGAAUGA